CUGUUCAGAUGCCCUAUGACCUACACAAAGAGUCUUGGGUAUUUAAGCACCAGUCAAUGCAGUGAGCUUUGCUGUUUUCUUGAUACCAGUCCAGGCCACAUGUGGCAGGCAUGUGAGGCUGUCCUUGGCCACUUCUGGCAACUGAUUUGGAGCCAUAUCUGGUUGGCCACACUGGGACAUGCCUGGCACAUAUAUAGCUCAUUUAUUCUAAUAGUUGUGCUGUUCCCAGCCAGAGGUUUCGUGAAACUGGCCAGGCAAUAUCUCCAGCCUCAGGAGCCUAGUGGCUUGCUACGGUGCCAGAAGGAGGUUGAGGAGGUUAGCCCCUUGCUCCAGCGCCAACCGGAGCCAAAGAUGGCUAGUCCCUUGCUCCAUUACAUACACGAGCCUGAGGAGGUUAGCCCUGUGCUACGAUACCUACAGCAUCCCGAAGAGUUUGCUGCCUUGCACCACCAACUUCCGCAGCUUGAGGAAAAGGUUGAUCCCUCAGUCCACCAGUCGAAAGAAGUUAGCCCUGUACUCCAGUAUCUACAACAGCUGGAGGAGAUUGGUACUAACCUGCUCCAACGGGACAGCAGCCUCAUGUCUUCCUGCCCAAGAAAUGCCAGCAAAGUGGAGGAUGUGACUCAGGUGCCCAUGGACACGACGGCCUUCCCAAUUCCUGCCGCCGCAUACCAUGAAACCAGAAUGGCCGGUGGUCCAACAGAAGUGCCUGGAUAUGGAAACAAGGAACAGGCCACCUACAACUUGACUGGGGAACAGUCCAACAACAAAAGACCUCCCUCAAGGUGCUCCAGUAGGACCUCAUCAACGAACUCCAAGAAUCCCAAGAACAGAACAGCUAUGGGCGAACCCCCAGUCCUGCCUGAGACAUCACCAUCCGCACAGCAUAUCCAAACCAGAAACCAAAACAAACAGACCCUCAGGUCUAAAACUCCAUCUGCCCUCUGCAUUCACACGGCUGCAGGGAGGAAAGACAGCCUGGACAGUACCACUUCCAAGGGAAUAGGGAAUCAUCACCCAAAGGGGAAACCUGGAGGUUCCAGGCUGUCAGCUAAGUCUAGCCAAGAAGAAAUGGAAGAUGGACAUGGUAAUUCAGAUGAACUAACGGGUAGGCAAUACCGGCCUAUAGUGACCCGAUUGCAUGCAUCUCCUCGAAAGAACGUAAAGGGCAGCUGUGAAGACAUGAAAGAAGCCCAGGAUGUCAUGAGUGCCAAAGAGUCGUUAGCAUCAAGUGGGCAAGAUGUCAAAGCAGAGGGGAAGGCCCUCCAGGAGAAGAAAAACAGCCUAUUAAUACCUCCUAGUAUCAAGGCCAAGUUUGGCACAUCUGUGGUGGAGAAGCUGGUCUCCGAGGAGCAGGCACGUCGUGCUCUCUGUGAAGCUGGGCUGAUCCAGGGGCAGAAGCGCCUCAGUGACUGGCCAUAUAAGACACUAGAGAAUCCUAUGGCAUCGUCACCUUAUGCUGAUUAUUAUGAACUAGGAUACAACUUGAGGUCCAACAUUUUCCAAGGAGGCCCAUUGGAAAGCAGAAGCCUGAUGAAGGAUUCCUAUACCCCAGAUGUAAUAAAGAGGGCAGUUCGGGACCCCAAACAUUGGCAUGGAAGAAAAACUGAUGAUCUAGGGAGGUGGUUCCAGAAAAAUGCGCUAAACCUUAACCUUCAAAAAGCUUUGGAACAAAAAUAUGGGGACAAGAACAAAGGCGGCAAAUCCUAAGAAGGCAUAGAAGAGGGAUGAAGACCUUCUGGAAAAUAUCUGGCUCUCCCUAGCAGUGGAAUAAACCUCCAUCUAGCCUCUA